UUUUUGUCAUCACCGCCGCCGCAAAUAUGAAAAUCAUUUGCGAGUGCAAAUUCUAAAUUUCGCAAAAAAAAGAAAGGAAAAGAAACAGGAUAAUAUUCUCGAACGGGGAAAGGCAGCUCAGCAAAGCGAGAACAAAGUGCGUGUGUGAUUUGGUCACGGAGUACAAAAGUGGACAGGAAAUUGCGUCGUUUUUGGAGAGUGAGAUUUGAGUUCUUUCAGGAACGCGCACUAAACCAUGAAGAUCACGAUCAAAACGCUGAAGCAGGAGGCGUUCCACAUCGAGGUGGACCUGGAGAAGGACACGGUCCGGACGCUCAAGGAGAAGUUCUUCCAGGAAAGCAAACAGGACUACCCGGUCGAGCGGCAGCGGCUGAUCUACCUCGGCAAGAUCAUGGAGGACGACGACCCGCUCAGCCAGUACAAUCUGGACGACAAAAAGUUUGUGGUCGUGAUGAACAAGAAGCCGGCGACGGCCCCGGCGGAACCGGCAGCGGCCACGACAUCGGCUGCUCCGGCGGCGGCCAAGAGUAGCACUGAGAGCACUCCGGCGGCGGCGGCUGCUGCGGAAAAGCCCAAGGAAGAGGACAAACCGAAGGAGGAUAAAAAGCCGGAACCGGAACCGCCCCAGGAUGACAUCCAGAUUAAGAUUCAGCGGAUAACAGAGAUGGGCUACUCGGAGGAGGAGGCCCGCAUCGCGCUCGAGAUCUGCGACAACAAUCCGGACCGGGCCGUCGAGUAUCUGCUGUCGGAGAUUGCGACCAGCUCGAUGCCGAGUGCCGUCGGCGGCGGCGCCAGUUCCGGAGGAGGUCUCCUGUCCGCCGGUUCCCAGGAGAGCCGGCUGGCGUUUCUGCGCGAACAUCCGACCUUCCUGGAGAUGAAGCGCCUGCUGCAGGAAGAUCCGAGCCUGCUGCCCCAGCUGCUGCAGAAGAUCCAGUCGAGCAAUCCGGACCUGAUGCGCAUCAUCUCGGAGAACCAGGUCGAGUUUCUGGCGCUGAUCAACGAGGGCGCCGAAGGCACUGGCGGGUCGGACGGGGGCCGAUCCGGUGGCGGAGUUCCGCGCGAGCUCGAAACGACCGCCGCCGCCAUGGUGGACAGCCUGACCCAGUCCGACAUGGACGCGAUAGACCGGCUGAAGGCGCUCGGCUAUCCGGAACAUCUCGUCAUUCAGGCGUACAUCGCGUGCGAACGGAACGAGUACCAGGCGGCGGAAUUUCUCGUCUCGCAGACGCUGGACGAUGACGAGUAAGGAGAGAGAGUGAGAGAAAAGGUUAAAAAUAUGAUAUGAGAGUAAUUAAGAAGAUGAUGAUGAUUAUUGCGCAUAGCUCUACUACUAUUAAAAAGCAACAACAAAAAAAAAUUACUGCUAAAAUUACCCAUUCUUGAACAACAACAAUUUUUGCCCGAAUAAAAUUUAAGAAUUGUACUACGGUU